AUGUCUGCAUCCAAACUCGAGAAGAACAUGGCUAACCUGGAGCGGCGAAUGCGAAACGAGUUUCUAUUGGAGCUGGAUGCGAAGCUGGAGCCGUGCCUUGCGCGACUGGCUGCGCUCGAGCAACGACUGCAAGCGGAGUUGAUGCAAGACAGCAACAAAGUGGAGGAGACGAUCACGUGUGCGGAUGUGGACGAUGGGCCGCGGCCACGUUCAGGGCUCGACGCUGAACAGCCACCGGAAAAGCCGAAAGGGGACAAGGCGGAUUUCGUUGAGGUCCAGGUCCGCGAUCCUCCACUUGAAGACCCAAUGGAUCCGGUUGCUUUUUUGGAGACGACCUGGAAUUUGGUCCUAGUGGCAGGCCAUGCAGGUGUUGGUUGGAUCGACUUGGCAAUCGGUUGGCUGCUUCUGUUUGCCAGUGCCGGGAUGCAGAUCACCUUCAGCGUGAUCCUGCUGACACCGUCUUUUCUUGGGGAUCCUUUCGAUGAGGCGCAAGUGACUGUAGCACAGGAAUGGCGGAAUAGCGUAGCACACGAUGCGAAGAACAUGGACCUGGCUCGGACAAGCCUCACUGCCCGUGUCUGCAACAACGACGGUGGCCUGAUCCUGUCCAACUCCCAGGCGAACUUGGUCCAGGACAUCGACAACUUUCUCGGGCUUGACAAACACAUGUUCCAGACCGAGAACUUCCGACCCGGCAUCUUACUGUCGAUGCUUUGCAUCUUGCUGUGGUGCCUCUACGUUGGGAAUGAAUUCCGCACAAUCGGUCUCUCGCUGGAGGCAGUGUUGCAGAUUCCUCGCUCUGAGAAAACCAGAAAGCACGAGGGAAGGUUUGAGACCUUGUCCUACGUGCGAUUCUGGUCUUAUGUCGGGCUUCGCCUGCUGCGGGCUGGGAUAGCCUUAGCCCUUCUCUAUGCUGGGAUCCUCUGGCUGGGCGGGACGAAAGCCAUCGAGGACCUCAUCCUCAACGCCGUCGCGCUGGGGGCGAUCCUCCAAGUGGAUGAGAUGGUGUUUUCCGCCCUGAUGCCCAAGAAGCUGCAGCUGAAAAUUCAGGAUCUGGAGGCCAUUAAGGUUCAUUACAGCCGCCGCCGGAGUCAGGCGGAGUCGGUGUUGAUCUUGACGGUCAUGGUAGGGCUCUUGGCUUGGCCCUGGUUCGGCAUCUUGGAGCCUCUGGCCCGGACGAUGGAGACGGUAAAGCGUGCGUAUUGCGAUGGGAAUCAGGACUUCGUUGUCACAUUUAACGAAGAUAUCAAGGUCACCGUUGGCUUCAGUACGGUGCCCUUUCAAGACGUGCAGGGAACAACUGUCAGCCAGCGUGCUGUUGAUGAACUUAUCUUCAAAGAUGCUGAACAUGAGUCAGCCAAGUACAUUCUGAUGCAAGCAGACCUUCAGCGCUUCAAUCAAUAUCGGACGAUGCUGAUGACGGAGACUGCAGGGGAAAUUGCGAGCUGGUGUCUUGACUUCGAUGGCUUUUUCCUUCCAGGAAACACGCCCGAGGGCAUCGCAGGUUACUAUUCUCCUCACUGGCAUUCAGCUUUAGCAGGGCUAGGCUUGCCUGAAAACACUUCAUGCGAAGACAUGGCCCAGUUCUGUGAUCUGGAUUCUGGCUCGCUCGUGCGCUUGGUAUGUGGACAGACUUGCUGCUCCAGCUCGAUCCGCAAUGCUGCCUGGUUCAAGGUCACAGCCCUGGGCUGUCCGGCCGGGUGUUUGCAAGAGGCAGACAGCAGCGGUACCCGCACCUGUGCAGAUAUACACGCGAACUCAACGCCUUCAUGGGACGCCUUCUGGGAUGCAUACCCGAGUGUGCUGGAGAAUAGCACACGUCAGUCCCUGUUCAACAAUACGGUAGGGUCGCAGGUCGCAGAAAUGGCGCGAGAGAUGAAGCUGCAGGGCUGCUCAGCCUUGAACAGCAGUCGGUGGGAACGCGAAGUAGUCUUGGGUUGGAGGUGGUGCGAAGGCUACGAGAACCUCUUUGCACCCUUAGCUCGCCUUUGUCCAGAGAGCUGUGGGUGCACCAACCUGGACCUGGCCGACCCAUCAGAAGCCCCUGCCGGCUGCCCAGAGUUUUGCUUCCCCAGAUGCGAGGACACGACCUUUCCGCCCAUCGGAGAGGUGGCUACCUGUGCGGAUGGGCAGGCACUUGGCUGGUGCUUCGACGCUGGAUUCGAAGCCCUUUGCCGGAAAACCUGUACCGGCUGUUAA